UAGUACAUUCUUUGGGUUAUGUCUCGUUUUAGUUUUGUCCACUUUGACUUUGUGUUCCCUUCUCCGUCCAAGUACAUAAUUCAUAAUAAUUCUCAGUUGUUUUGAUUUGUCUCUGAAUUCGACACCCAAUAAGUUUUUAAGUUAAGGAAGUGUUUUUCUAUACAUAUAUUCAGUGAGUGAUUUGAAUUAAAUCAUGUUGUUUUGCCACUAGACGAAGUAAAUAAUUAUUGAUAACAUGGCUGACUCAGGAGUGGAUACGAGCAACGAAAGUAGCGAUAAUCCCAUUUUUGAUCACUCCCACUGUAUAUUUGAAUUCAACCCCCCAGCUAUCCCAAUCAACUUGUCUGGACAAGCUAUACCUCUUGACUAUUUCGACGGACGACAUGAUCAUAUCGGGAAAAUAAAAUGUAUCACAAAGGCUAGGCACUGCAGGCUCAAAUACGGGUGUGGAUCCCGCAGAAACAAACGACUUCGGGUUGCCGCCUCUACUAAUAAUGUAGAACUUGUGGAAACGCUUUUAUUGUCUGGCGCCGAUCCCAACUCAUCUGAUGAGCAUAAACGAAGUCCUUUACACUUGGCAGCAUGUUGGGGAUAUGUAGAUGUUGUUAAAACGCUAUUAAAACAUGGGGCCAAUCCUAACAUUAAAGAUUCUUUAGGAAACACACCUUUGCAUCUUGCUGCCUGUACAAAUCACAUUCCAGUUGUUAUUGCCUUGCUCGAUGCUGGUACAGAUGUUAGUUCAAAUGAUAGACAUGGUCGCAAUCCAUUACAACUGGCACAGAGUAAAUUGAAGCAUAUAAGAAUGCGUUCCACUGGCCAUUCUUCAGAAGGAACUAAACAAGUUAUCAAUGAAAUAUGUUUAGUUGUGGAAAUGAUGUUGAAAUACAUGAAGAUACAGAAAGCUGAUUCGGGUGAUCUAGAGUCUCUCCGAGAAAGGUUAGAGCGAGUGAGCACACGGGAACAAGUUGACACAGAAGUACAAAAUCUUCUUGACAGUCUUGAUUCCUUGAAAUUAAGAUAAUGCUUUUAUUUUCAUGGAAAAUUGCAAGACUGUUUAGGGAAUGUACUGCCUAUAAUAAUAAUAACUCACAAGUAGAUAUAAUUAUUGAUAAGUAAAUGUUAUGAGACAAUUUUCUAUCUUUAGCUUUCAUAAUAUCUUUUGAUUUUGUAAGAAGAACCUAAAUGUAAUGAUAUACUUUAUAACAAUUAUUAUUUGGUUUGGUAGAAUAUUAUAUAUGAUAGAUUCUUUUUAUAAAGACUCAAUUUUAUUAAUAUUGAUAGUAUUAAGAUCAACAAAUAAACAGCAGGUGUCACAAUUUCAACUGUAUCUUGUGCUUACUUGAAUGUAAUUUGAAUUAUAAUAUGUUAUAAAUGUUUUUGAUUUGA